AGCUCCCCGUCUUCUCCGGGGGUUCUCCACUCCCGCAUUCCCCGUGUUCCCCAAUCCGGCUGGGCCACCAGAACCACAGCCAUUCGAUUGAACAGUUCAAGCACUGGUGCAGGCAAAGAACAGCAGAAGCAAGAAUCUACAAACUCUAGGCCUCAGUCAUCGCCCAAUUCGUCCUCCUGGACACCACUUCGGGCCCUUGCAAUUGCCACAUUUGCUGCUGGGCUGGGAUACGGCUAUGCUUCCUACGGCCAGACUCCUCAAAUUACUGCAAAGCCUCAGUAUGGCUCGGUCAAAGAUUUCGAAAAGGCUAUAACCGAGCUACGAGCCAAGCUGGGCGAAGACACCAUCUCCACCGACGACGAUGACCUCCAUCGACACGGUUAUUCCGAGUGGUCUAGCCUGAACGCAGACCGCCUCCCAUCCGCCAUCGCCUACCCCGAAACAACCGAAGACGUCGUGGAAAUCGUCAAGGUCUGCCACAAAUACCGCAUGCCCAUGAUCCCCUUCUCUGGCGGGUCCAGCCUUGAAGCCAAUUUCUCCGCCCCGUACGGCGGCAUGACGAUUGAUUUCGCAAUGAUGAACAAGAUUCUCGAUAUUCACGAAGAUGAUAUGGACAUUGUGGUUCAGCCGUCGAUCGGCUGGAUGGAUCUGAACGAACAAAUUAAGGGAACUGGUCUAUUUUUUCCCGUUGACCCCGGUCCUUCGGCUAUGAUUGGCGGCAUGAUCGGUACAAACUGCAGUGGAACGAAUGCCGUGCGAUACGGUACGAUGAAAGACUGGGUCAUCAAUCUCACCGUUGUCUUGGCUGAUGGUCGAGUAAUCAAAACUCGGCGGCGCCCUCGCAAGACUUCGGCCGGAUACAAUCUUACCGGCUUACUUGGUACAUUGGGAAUAGUCACGGAGGCGACUCUCAAAUUGGCGCCUAUCCCUGAACAAACUCGUGUUGGAGUAGUGGCAUUCUCGACAAUUCGUGACUGCGCGUCGACGGCGCAACAAUUGAUUUGGAGAGGUAUUCAGGUGCAGUGUAUGGAAAUCUUGGAUGAUGUUCAGAUGGAUGUUAUUAACCGUGCUGGUGGAACGGGUCGUACAUGGAGUGUCUCCCCAACUUUGUUCUUCAAAUUUUCAGGGACCGCGGCUGGGGUCGAGGAUAGUAUCAACUUGACAAGGGAACUGGCUCAGAAUAACCACGCGCAAGGGUUCCAGUUUGCCAAGGACGAGAGAGAAGCUCAUGACCUUUGGUCUGCGCGUAAGCAGUCGCUUUGGAGUAUGAUGGCUCUUCGGAAAGAGGGUUCUGAGGUGUGGUCGACUGAUGUGGCAGUGCCAAUCUCUCGUCUUCCUGAUAUUAUCGAAAUUUCCAAGAAAGAACUUGACGACCUUGGUAUUUUUGCUAGCAUUUUGGGUCAUAUUGGCGAUGGGAAUUUCCAUUCAAGCAUCAUGUAUAAUCGCAAUGAUCCAGCAGAGAAAGAAAGGGUUGAGAAGGUGGUAUAUGACAUGGUUGAUCGCGCCCUUGAGAUGGAGGGCUCUUGCACGGGCGAGCAUGGAAUCGGUCUGGGUAAGAAGGACUCCCUACGGAAAGAGGUCGGAGAGGAAACUAUCGAAAUUAUGCGGAGUGUCAAGCGCUCCCUGGAUCCACGCUGGUUGUUGAAUCCCGGGAAGAUAUUCGAUGUGGAUGAAUGA